AUGGAGAUCCUGGACAACAUGGGCAAGCAAGAGAUGGAGCUGGAGGGAUCAUCCGACACAGCAGCUCUUACAAACACCAGCCUAGAUCAUGCGACGAACGUCACCAACAUUACCUUUUCCCCCUAUUAUCAGCACUCGCUGUAUGUGGCUGCCAGCUACAUCCUGGCCUACUUCUUCAUCUUCCUGCUGUGUAUGGUGGGAAACAUACUGGUGUGUCUUAUUGUACUUGAAAACCGUCGUAUGCGCACGGUCACCAACCUCUUCAUCCUCAACCUGGCGAUCAGUGACCUACUGGUUGGCAUCUUCUGCAUCCCAACAACACUGGUGGACAACCUCAUCACAGGUUGGCCCUUUUCCAACACGGUGUGCAAGAUGAGCGGCUUUGUGCAGGGGGUGUCUGUUUCUGCAUCAGUCUUCACCCUGGUGGCCAUUGCUGCUGAGAGGUUUCGCUGUAUAGUGUACCCUCUACAACCCAAGCCGACUAUACUUGUUGCCAAGGCAGCCAUUGUAUUAAUCUGGGUCCUAGCAGUGGUGAUCAUGUGUCCCGCUGCUGUGGCGCUGACUGUGGAGAAAGUUCCUUUCCACUACAUGGUGUGCAACGAUGACUUCAACCACACACUCCCUCUGUACACCUGCUAUGAAAACUUUGCCAACCCUCAGAUGAGAAAGGUCUACACGGUGGUUCUGUUUGUGCACAUCUACCUUGCGCCCCUCACCAUCAUCACACUGAUGUACGGAAGUAUCGGCGUCAAACUGUGUUCCACUGUGGUUGCGAACAGAGAGCCACAGCUGGCCAACACAGCAGUCCAGGCUGGGGGUAGAAGAGGUGGUCAACCAAUGAUAUCCCAGAAAAAGAUUAGGGUGAUUAAAAUGCUCAUCUUGGUGACUUUGCUUUUCAUGUUAUCCUGGUUACCACUCUGGACCCUCAUGAUGAUGGCGGACUACGCAGGCUUGGACAGAGACCAGCUGGACCUGCUGACCAGCUACAUCUUCCCCUUUGCCCACUUGCUGGCUUUCUCCAACUCCAGCGUCAACCCCAUCAUCUACGGCUACUACAAUGAGAACUUCAAGAGGAGCUUCCAGGCUGUGUGCAAGUCGUGGAGGAGGAUGGCCAAUUGUGGCAAGAAAGAAAGGUCUGUGCAAGCACCUUGUGGAGGUGCUGCCCUUAGAGAUGCCACUAGGAAUCACAACCAUCUUGUCUUGGGGCUUAGAAAUCGAGUCCAUAAUGACAACAAACUCAAUGACAUAGUAGACGGGAAUAGGAGUGCAAGGGAUGGGUGUGUGGUGGUCCACAGAGAGAGAGAUAAUGGAGAGUCGCUGAGGGUUUGUUCACUGGCAGCUUCAGUCAAUCAGGCCUGGGAUAACUGA